AUGGGCCUGUACGGGGCCGCGUGGCCCCUCGGCGACCACUUCUUUGUCUGCGGUGGCGGCGGUCACGGGUUGGUCAACAGGAUCGUCUGGGCGUCGUUCCGCGGCGGCAGGAUGGUCCUCGCUCCCAGCGGCAGCGCCCUCAUACUGGGCAUGAACGACGGCGGCGUGCGGCGCUUCCAAUUGGACCUGUCGGGGCCGUCGCCGAGGCUCAUAGAGGUCUCGGCUGCGUUCACGGAGCGGUUCCAGUGCCUGCAGGAGGAGGUGGACUCUAUGGCGUUCACGCCUGACGGCGCCCUGCUGGCCGUUGGGUUCAGCACUGGGGACCUCAAGGUGCUGGCCUACCCCACCAUGAAGCCCCUGGUGCACUGGAAGCUGGAGUCUGAUGUGAAGGACCUCGAUUUCGCGUGGCAGCACGGCGGCGGGCCGCAGCAGGGGCCGCUGCUGGCCACUGUCUGCGACAAGGGCACCUGCCAGCUGUGGGACGUGCGCAGCUGCUCGGCGGUGUGCCAGCUGCAGCUGCCGAGGGGCCUGGAGCGGGCCAAAUUCAGCCGCUGCCGAUUUUCGAGGUCCGCGCCCAUCCUGUAUGUCACGAUGAACCUGGUGAGGGGACGCAGGCCGCCGCGUAUCAAGCCUGCUGAGUGUUCUAGCCGGGCCACCGAGCGGCCGCGCCACGCUGAGGUGUGCGGCGCUGUGGUGUGA